CAGGUGGUGAUGUGACCGCGGAUGCAAACGCCAGGAACUGUACGCAGAUGAAAUGGGCUUCCAUGCCUCCAUGCAGCUCCACAAGAGCAUCUCUGGGCCGCGCAGCCUCACCGGCUACCGCGUGAUGUGUCUUCCGAUGUCUGCGGUCCUCGUCCUCUUCGGCGCAGUCCUCGUCGCGCCUACCGCUACUGCUGCGGCCCCCGGUGACACCACUUCGGAGCCGGCUUGCCCGGCGCCCAGGCGUGGCGACGAUGGCGUCCUCCUGGAGUCUGACGCCGACGUCUUCCUGGGCGCGUUCGUGCAGGCGCACGAGCCAGCCAGGGACGCCCUGCUGGGCUGCGGCUUACCCCUGGCACAGGGGGUCGAGACCUUAGAGCUAUUCAAGUGGGCCGUCGGCCUCCUCAACAGGGACCAGGGAUUCGUCCCUGGCGUCAAAAUUGGCAUGCGAGUAUUCGACUCCUGCGGCCACAAGGCCAGGGCCUACCUACAAUUGGAUGCUCUCCUGCCUGUCCUGCGAGGAAACUCUGAGACGUGCGUCAGCACCGCCAACAGUUCCAGAGUUAUAGGCACCUUGAUGACAAGCACCCUGAGAAAUGAAGAGCUGAUUGCCGGCCUUCUUAGGGACCACGACGUGCCGACCAUCCCACUGGAAAGCAGUGCCAUAGCGCCACCCGAGUACCUGGCCAAGCUGCUGUUGGAGGCCGCGUUCGACAUGAAGUGGGAACACUUCGCUGUGCUGCACUCUCAUGACGAGCCCAGCGUGGCCGUGGUAAAGGCGCUUAGUCAGCGGGCUGUGUCGGCCGCAUCUCCCUGCGUCACCCUCAUCGAGGCCCUGCCCAAGACGGCCACCCAUGAAGGCGGCGAGCGGGCCCGUCUUCGACUGCGCAACCUCCUCGUCCAGCUGGAGGAUACCACACCGGUCUUCGUGGUGACCGCUUCGGCCGAUGUUGUCGAGGCCCUCGCAGAGCUCAUCGCCUCGGACCCGGACACCUUCCUGCGCCACCGACAGUGGUUCUUCGCCUGGGUGCCUGGCGAGGAAGCCCUGCGCAGGCUGGGCCCGCUGCUCAACCGCGCAGGCUUCUACGCCCUCGCCCCAUACCCACCCACCGUGGGCUCGUUCGAGGACCACUGGAGUAACUUGAGCCGUACGGCCGACGUCAAGAAUGCUGGGGAUCGUUGGUACCUGGAGCUUGUGGCAAUGCAGAAGCACUGCAGAAUACAGGGUCUCAAGAUCCCUGGACUGGAGAACGCAGUGCCGUGUCCAGACUUGUCCCUGAGCCACGAGCCCGUGCAAGCCCUUGUGCGAACGUCUCGGGCCCUGCCGGCCGCGCGGGGUGUGUUCACACUUGCGCAGGCGCUGCGCUCAGCCUGGAAAGCGCUGUGCCGAGGACAACCUGGACUGUGUCCCGAGUUGCGACGCCUCACAAGGAGUCAGUUUGCCGGAUCCUUCCUGGAGCCCGGUGGUACGGCGUUCACGCUCUCAAGGUCAGGAGGUAGUCUACCUGCAGCCCAAGCAACGGGCGCUGUGAGCCGUGAAGCACGCGCUGCCUCUGACGUCCUGGGAGAACUCGGCGCGAGUCACCUGGCUUUGACUCGUUUCCUGUACGACGCGGUCAAGGGAACGGACUUCAAACAGCUGAUACUUUACGACUCGGAGGAGGCGAAACUUUUGCAGAAAGACACUCGCUUCAUGCCAGCACUUUGCUCUGCUGAUACGUGCCAGAACUGCAUCAGGUUUCGCACCACUCGCCUGGAGGAAGCAGACGCGACCAUCACGUCAGCCUCGUCACUCCCGACCAGCACUGAAGCUGGCCUGUCUGCCACCGACAUUGUCCUUCCUGUCUUGCUUCCCCUCCACAACGCUGGCCACGGUGCAUUUGGCUGCGGAGACAUGGUCAACCGCCUAGCUGUGCAAGACCUAGAGGCCGCCUCUUGGAUGGUGCGCAAGAUCAACUCGAAUGGCGUCCUUCUUCCGCGACUCAAGCUCGAACUUCGCGCCAUUGACACAUGCUCCUCGGCGCCUGUCCUCACACGGGACAUCUCGGCUGUGCUGGAGCACUUCUCGGAACUGGGCGUGCCCACCGUGUUCAUCUCCUCGUCCAUGUCGGCCGAACACACGAGGGUAGCCGCGUCCAUCUUGUCUCGCCUGAACGUCACCUUGGUGACCACGACUGACCUGGCUGCUUCGCACGGCCGCCGGCCCAGCUACCUCUACCAAAUACCGCUGCCCAUUGAAAAGAUCGCCGAAGCAGCGGUCACCUAUUUGCAGAGCCUCGACUGGAGCUAUGUGUCCGUCGUGUCGAGUGAGAGUGAGUCCCGCGCAUUCGAGGCCUUCAAGGAGCGUGCCGAUGCCGUCGGCAUCUGUCUCGCCAUACAGGCUACGCUGAACGCCGGACGCGAGUUGGACCCCAACCUUAUCGCGCGCCUCACGACGGCUGCUGCAAACGGCGCCCGCGCUGUCGUCCUCUGGACGGAUUCCGAAGACACUCUGCGCUUUCUGGCUGCAUUGCGAAGGGCCCGCACAGAGGGACUACUGGACCACGCUGACUUGGUCCUCAUUCACGGCGGCGGCCAGCCUGUCAGCUUCGACGGCCACGAGGAGGAUGCUCUUGGCGCUGUCCUGCUGCGGCCCCAGUAUGGACAGGUUUUGGACUUCGAGUCUUACUAUGAGCGCCUGCGUCCGGACCAGAAUCGCUUCUUCAGUGACCUGUGGUCUCAGGCGAGGACGUGCCACCAGACUCAAGGUGGCCAGGUGUGUUCGGUGCCACUGAUGCCCAGUCGCUCGGUGGUGGACGUCAUGCAGGCUGUGCUCGUCGCUGCCACAGCGCUCAGAGACCUCCGUGAACAGGUGUGCGGAGGGUCCAGAGAGGCAAUGGAUGCCCUUUACUGUGCUCGGCUCCUGGCUAACGCCAUGGGCGUGGGAGAGGCGCUGGACGAGCUGGUUCGCCAGGCAAACACAAUGCGCGUUGGCGACAAGAAUCAGAUGUUCGUCUUCACCGAACGAGGCCAUGGAGACAUCGCCGUCGACCUGUGGAACGUCCGCAGGUCAGCCGCCGGCAUCGCACCUCAAAGGGCCGGUCACCUGGCCGACGAUCGUUUCAUGGAGCUUAUGCCUGUGGUCACCUACGAAGGCAGCAGCAGCAGUGAAGUCAAGGAAGUGGCGCUGAAUGAGCUCCGGUCCGCCUGUCAGGCUGCUUCGUGCCGGGAUCACUGUGCUCCCAAGGCUGUCGACUUCUUGGUGGUGCCUUCGCCCGACCACGUCUAUCUUGCGGCUGCCUUCUCUGUGCACGAGCGUGGUGACGCCCCGUUCCAAUGCUCGCACAGAGUCACUGAGUCCGGCGUGCGCCGUGUGGAGGCCUUCCUCUGGGCCCUGGACCAGAUCAACGCCAGCCCCUCGGUCCUGCCAGGAGUCAAAGUCGGCGCUGUGGUCUUCGACGUGUGCGGCAGCCGGGAGAAGACCUACAGAGACCUGUCUAACUUUGCCAGUGACUCGCUAGCCUCGCUCACAAGGCCCAUCCGGUUGCCCGCACUUCGGCACGUGUUCGGCUUCGUAUCCUCCGGCAGUAACAACGCCGGUCAAUGCACAGUCAAGCCGGCGGCCGAAGUUCUCGCCGCAGCUGCUGGCAUGCCCACGGUUGCGUCGGACUCAUCACUGUCUCAGCUCGGGAGCCGCCGCUAUCCGAGCCUCCUUCGCGUGCUCCCGUCCAAUACGGAGGUCGCCCAGGCCGUCCUGCGUGUCCUCAGGCACUUCAAGUGGACGUACGUGUCAGUGGUGUACAAUGACCAAGAUGACGAGCUGCAGGACCUGUGGGAGCAGUUCGAGCGAGCCUUGGAGGGCGGACCCCUUCGUCUCGCCACCACGCUCCACCUCAAGGAUGACACUUCGGACGAGGACGUACGGGCUACCGCCACCCAACUUCUCCGCAGACACAGGGAGGGUGCCCGGGUCGUGGUCCUGUUUCUCAAGGACAAGGCAGCCGACGCCCUGCUGACCGCUCUUCACGAGGCAUCGUCCUCAGCGGCGUCGCCCCAAGCACCGGACCUGACCUUCGUUGCGCUGGGCCUCCGCGACAUCCUGUCUCGGCAUCCCGACGUGGCGCUGGGAUCUCUCUCACUCCGGCUGGCGUCCGUAGACGUGCCGGGAUUCCGUGACCACUUGCAGCACCUUAGUUACUCGGGCAAUGGCCGAAACCCCUGGUACCGCGCUUAUGUUGAGCAGAAGACUGGGUGCCAUGGUCCUGCAGCCUGCGCGAACGCAUUGGCACCACCACUGGCCAGCGGGGGCGGUGCCGGCAGUGGGAUAUCUUCGCUGGAUGCAGAUGACGUGAGCGCUGCAGAGUCUACAGUCACCGCGGUGUUCGCCCUGGCGAGUGGCCUUGACCAAGCACGUAAGACGAGGUGUGCGGGCGAGGACAGCAAGCCAUGCGAGCUGUCCAUGGACGACGCUUAUCGAAACCUCGUGAUAAACUUCACCCGUAAUGUUCGCAUCACGCGCCACGAUGGUUCGGUAUUCAAGUUCGCUGAUGGCAGCAGCGGCAACGGCCGUGUCCAGGUCAUCUACUACCGAAGCCCCGGAGUGGGCGGCAUGCCAGGGGAGUUCUCGCAGAUCGGCACCUACAACCGGGACGAAGGCCUGCAGAUGAACGCCAGCCUUCCCGAGGUGUCCCCCGGUCGUUCACCGUACACUAUCAACUCGUCGUGCGAAGUGGACAGCGAGUGCGGGCGACACUCUUCACGUCCUGGCGACGCCCUGCUCAGGGACGCUGGCGUUCAGCCCAUGCUGUCGGGUGAAGACUUCCCGAGCCUCGCUAUCGGCGCCGUGCUGCCCGUUCAUCGCAGGGGCUCCGACAUGUUCUCCUGCGGUGGCCUGCACGAAGACGGCCGCACCUUCCAGGGCAUGCUCGCAGUUGCCUAUGCUCUUGACCAGGCCAACAAGAACCGAACUGAUGACCUCAGGUUGAACGCCGUGGUGUUCGACUCGUGCGGCACCCCGCAGCGUGCAGAGUCACUCGUGUAUGGCUACAUGACGUCAUCAAUGAGGGAGGCCAAGGCCAAGCCACUAGUGUCCAUGAUCACCUUUGAAAACAAGGUUGCCGAAGAACUGGCGCCCGUGCUGAAGGACGCCGGUGUUCCACUGGUCCUGACAAGCACAACAUCAAGGUUCACCCAGGAAAGCCGACCCGUCGGGAUCCAGACUCUUCCUCCCAUAGUGUGGCAAGUGGAGGCCGCACUGGGCCUGCUGCGUCACUACGACUGGAGCUACGUGUACUUCCUCUACUCCGGCGACGAGUUCGGCCAUGACGCCUACUACCACGUGACCAAGUCUUUUGCCAGGCUGGGCCUGUGCGUUGCCGACUCACAGAGGGUCGACCCGGACGCCACCGAGGAGGACGUCCUGGCCACGGUACUCAAGCUCACCGACUCGGACGUCCGAGUCGUCGUCGUGCUCACCGAAGACAAGGAGGUCAGUAACCGGAUAGCCGUCGCCGCGCGGAAGGCUUCGCUGCUCGAGCGCUUUGUCUGGGUCGGCACCGAGGGCUUCAGCAACAACGAGCACUUGCUCGAGACACUGCAUGGUGCCGACGUGGACGUCUUCUCGCUGAGGUUGGACAAUGAGCCACUGCCUGACUACACCCGCUUCGUGUCCUCGCUGACGCUGGGCCGCCACGAGCCGAUUCCAGAUGCCUGGUUCGAGGAGUUCUGGCAGCUUCAGUUCGGAUGUCGCCUGCCCAACGCACGCCGAGUACACGAGCAGUUCGCGCACAUCUGCACGGGCCGGGAGAAACUGCAAGUGCGGCAAGACCGUUACGUGUACCACACUGUUCACACGGUGAUGCGCAUUGCGACGGCCGUACGGGAUCACAUUACCAAGAACUGCCCGACGGCGCUUACUGGUGGACUGGACAGCCUCGAAGGAUGCAAGAAGAGUGCGUUGCGCCACGAGGUGAGCAUGACGCUGCUGGGCACGGACUUGGAGAGCUGCUCAGAGUGCCAGCCGUCCGCCAUCACCACGUUCGGAUACCGAGUGCUCAAGAUGAACGGCAGCAGUGCCAGAAACUACACCUACCAGAAUGUGGGCUCUUUCUUCAAGAACGUGCUGUUUGUGGACGACGGCCAGGUGGACUUCUUUAGCGGCGUGGCGCCUAUGUCGACUUGCGUGCGCGACUGCGACGAGCGAUGCCCGGCGUCCAGCGCAGCUGUGGGUGUAUCUACGGACAAUGAGUACCUGCGUCAGCACCGCGAGUCCCUGGCAGCCAAUUUCCGCACUGUGUGGGGCAUCGUGGUUACGGCACUGUCUCUGCUCGGCAUGGUGCUCGUCAUCAUCUGUGCACUCUACUUCCUCAUGGCGUUUCCCGUCACGGUGGGCACCACCGUCCUCGGCUACAUGAUUUUGGUCGGCUUGCUGGCCCUGUACGCGGUGAACUUCGCCUUCGUGGUGGGCGCCACCGAGGCAACCUGCGGGGUGCGCCGCUUCCUGAUGGGACUCGCCUACUCCAUCGUCUUCUCCGGCAUGCUCGUCAAGGUGCUCAACACGUGGCGCCUCAUGGGAUACCACCAGCGCAUGCACCACGACACCACGCAGCUCAGCAGCCCCGCCGGACUUCUCGUCAUCGCCUGCGGACUCGUCGUCAUACAGGUCGUUCUGACGGCGGCGUGGCUGGUGCUGAUGCCUCCUCGUAUUGGCUUGUAUGAGCGCGUGUGGCGCUGCGCUCCUCCCGCAUCAUUCGAGGACGAGCUCGUGGUCUCCAUGGUGUACGUGAUGCUCCUGCUCGCAGUCACCAUCCUCUUCUCGGUCCUCACAUGGCCCUGCAGAGAGAACAACGGCGAGUCGCGAUGGAUACUCGCCUGCUGCGUCUCCGUCGGGCUCGCGUGGCUCGCCUGGACUGUGCUCGGCACACAGCUGCCGAUGCGCUACCGGGACGCGACCAUUGCCGUGGCGAACCUGGUGUGCGCCACCCUGGUGAUGCUGUGCCUGUACCUGAGGAAGGUGUACCUGUACAACAAGCUGGCUCGCCAGGCCCGUGACCAGGAGAUUAAGGCGCGCCUGCAGCCCAGGGGUCCUCCUUACACGCCUUCCGUCUACGGAACGCUCCACAAAGCCACACCAACAGUAGCACCCGUCUUCUACGGUUCUCAGGGCACGCUGACUACAAGCAAGAAGCUGAAUGGCCAGUUCUCACGACUGUCGACUGACGACCUCGCGUCGGACGGCUCCGGCUCGGUGCAGGUGCAGGGUGCCGACCUGUACCCUCUGGAGAUGUAUGACGGAGGCAGCCAGUUCCAGCCGCCGAGCUCCCUCUACGGGAGCAUGAUGAUGCUCGACGACAAUGUCGCGUACGCCAGGUGAGGUCACCCAAGCUGACCUCUAGUUCCUCAGGACCUUUUACAAGACCUCCUACUACCCCACAAGCCGGUCACAAGUUGUUCGCCUAGCUCACGAACAAGCAUCGAGGAAGCGAGCGAGCGGGCGGGCCAUUGAGGCUUUUGCCAUUGCCAAGUAGUGGUCGCCCACCCGACUGCCGCACUGCUGAACGAUGUCGAACGCUUUGCUAAGCUACGAUGUUUCCUUCGAUCGUUGUUGUGCUGCCUGUUACUUAACCCAUCCGCCAGCAGUGGACGCAGUGCAGGAAAAAAGACAUUUGCGCUACUUACUUUUUAGGUUGCCACCAGCCUACGUCAAAACCCGCGCGAGUGCUCAAGAGAGUGCAGUGUUGUAACCUUCUCUGUUCACGGUGGUUCACGAAGAAAUCAAAACGAUAUGUCGAAGAAAGGAAAUGACGCGUCAUCACCUGUACAGUGCUCGUUAAUUAUUUGUGUACGUGUUUCCGUAACAUUGUUGUCUGUCCUAUUGUGUUUUUCAAGUCUCACCCGAAAUGCGAACUAAUGCCAGAUGCUCCAAGUGCCGCGCUGGAUAGAUUGCUUGAGCAGCUUCCUUUUUUUUUUUAGCUUGUUAGCUUUGCUGGAGAGUUGCAGUUUCUUUUAUUAUUAUUAUUCUUAUCGUUCGACGUACUAAGUGCGAUGUUUGCUCGCAGAUAAUCGCUGUCUUUCCUUCACAGAUCAUGUGUGUGCUCUGAAUGGAGUAUGAUGAGCCAGAGAUUCUUUCACAUGCUUGUAACCUAUGGCAUCGGGAGAGACCGUAGUUGUAACAAAAAAUGACGCGGCACGAUAGGAAGGUUUCGUAAGUGUCAUUCUACAACGAAGCAAGAAAACGAAAUUGUCCUCGGUCGUGUCCAUAUCUUCAUUUUGUUUGUUAUCAAUCAAGACUCUAGAAUUGACUUGUUUUUGCUCAUAUGCACUUCCGAUAAGACAAUGCGAAGACUUGAUUCAUGCAUGCUCUUGUUUCGAAAGUAUUCGCAAGUUAUAUGUGAGCCCGAGUCUUAAUCGGAGAAAAUUCGUCACUCGUUUUAUGUACUCUACCAAGCGCUAGCAUGGCUACUUUGUAACAUACUGCGCGCAAUCUCUCAUGACCGCAAUACAUUCGUGUUGUGAUACGCCAGGUCCAGAUCCUGAACUUUAACGUGAUUUCAUGUGAAGACCAUUUAACAAAGACUGAAAACAAUACGACUCGAAACGUACACGGCAGUAACUGUUUAUCGACGCCCCACACACCGGAAAAGCUCCACGGAACGUACAGGCUUCUGCCAAGCCGAAUGACUUGAAGGCAGUGCCGUCUUUCUCAAAUGACACCAGGUGCUAUCUUUUUUUGUCUUUUUGCAGUGCGUGCAGCUUUGAGCUUGUAAUCACUAAGGGAGAUUUUUCUUCAACGGAAUACCCAUGGAUUCCAAUACAUCUCUCUCAGGUCAGAUCGUACACUGGAGUCACGUCUAGCAAUCUAGAAUUCGCAGGUAUCUUGGGGGACAAAAGGACUUGGUCCUACUCACACCAUUUAAAACAUUUAACACUUUCUUCCGGAGCAUUUACGUAACCACUAACAGUGACAUCAACAAAACGGGCGUUGAGGCAAACGCACCACUGUCUAUUCCAGUCUGGAGACGAUCAUCACGACCGCGGUAUCAAAAAGACGUGCCGAAGUACAGGAUCUGUAAAACGCGAGAGUUCAUGUAGCUUGUGGCUUAAUCUGCCUGCGAACCUUUGAUCUGUGAGCACCAGCGAUGUCGUGCGCGUGAAAUGUCUGCAGUGAAAUCGAACGGCUCCGCUAUUGUACAGUGUUCAGAGGCCAAGUAGAAGAAUGAAACGCAAAAAAGUGAAAGCUAUUGUGCCGGUGACAUCAUUCGCUCCUUGCACCUCUCGUGGCUGGUCCAAGAGGUGCGAGGUGCAGACGUGAGCUCUAACAUUCCAUUUAUAACCCGCGUUUUUAUACAUAUACAUUAUACAUACUACCAUGCAUGUUUUUUCCUUCUAUUUUCCCUCUACACGACUGUCUCGUUUCGAAACUAUGCACAGCAGUAUACAUCUAGUAUGUGCGUAUGGUGUGUACACACUUAUGAACAUGGACCUCUAACUAGCAGUGGUCAUUUUGUGUUCCCGUGGAUGGAGAAAGUGAAAUUUUUUCUCCUCUUUAUUAUUUUUUUUUGAAAUUGUCAAAUCAGGUGUGGUUGUUUCUUCACAUGCAUGCUUAGAGGAUAUCGGACACAUGUCGCAUGCAUGCUUUUGCCCAUCGUGCUUUUUUGUCCCUGUUGUGCUUGUAUCUGUCAGAUCCCUUCCCAAGAAGAGUGCCUUUCAUCCAGUGUUUCCAGCUGUUAGAGUUGAAAUGGCUAAUAUCUCGACGGUUUUUUCGUCCACUCUACUGUCGCCUUGAAUGAAAAUAAAACCGUUUUUCCUCCACGUUCAAAA